AACCAGUACCUUAUUGCCAUGGUAACGGUACACUCCGCAUUUGCGCUGUAUUUUUCAGUAGUUUUCAGAUCGAAUUUGUACGCUUUGAAAACAGGACAACGUGUUAAUGGAGUAUACUGGAAGCAGUUAUAAGGGAGCUACAAAAAAUGGAAGGAUGGAAGGUGAAGGAGAGUAUACCUUCCCUACAAAUACAAGAUAUGUGGGAGAGACGAAAGAUGGGAUGUUCCACGGCAAAGGAGUGCUGCACUUUCCCAAUGGAAGUAAAUAUGAGGGUAGUUGGGAAAACGGCAGAGUCAAACAGGGAACAUUUACCUUUGCGGACGGUCUGCAGUACCAGGAGAAGGACUGGGACUACUGCAGUGGUUCUGACAGGCGCUUCUACUCUGAGAGGUGCAAUGGACUCAGACCUGCAGGAAAAUCUCAGAUAACAGAUUUACAUCCUCCACGAGCCAUUCCUGACAGAUGUUACGACUGCGGAGAUGGUUUCUAUAACCCCAAGACCAGAGUGGUCACGGACUACACCGGCAGGUUUCUGAGGAAUGCAGCCCUGGGAGGUGAAGGCAUAUUUGUCAGAGUGGGUGUGAAGACCGAAUUUAUUGCCUCGUGGUUUCCGCCCAGGAUGAAGACUGAAGGGAUGAUGGGGCACAGGGAAGGCCCACCCUCCCAGUGGAGAUGUUUGCAAUGCAGCAAGAAAAAGGAAGGAGAUCCCCAUGAAGCUGUUGGGAAAAUUGAGCCAGUGAAGACAAAGACUCGUGCUUUUGUUUUUGUUUUGUUAUGUUUUUUGUUUUGUUUUUUUAAAAGCUGCAAAAAGAAUUAUUUUAACCCCCUAGAACUGCAUGCUGUUGCUAGGUAAUAUCAGGCUAAACUAUACUAACCGGUCAAAUUGGACCUUCUGCAAAGAAGCUGUUGCAAACUUGGACAAACAGCCCCUCUUGGAACAGCGCCAAGCAGCAAAAACAAUAGGAUCUGUUGAUAAUUUUCCC